UAAAACCAAACACGCAACGAGUCCACGAGCAGUUGGCUCUCCUGUGAUUCGAAGGAAUAAAAUGUAAUUUGCCCAAACUUUCUCAUGCUAAACAUAGCAAGUAGGAAUUGACACCUGGGGACGAUGGAUCACCAGACCACCAUCGCAGCAAACGCGCGGGAGACACCAUUGUCUCACCCAGAACAACGCUUUUCCGAUUCUGCAUGCUUUGGAAGUUUGGAUCUAAAAACGACCGACGACAUUGGCGUCGUUUUAUACCUUCACGGUUUUGAAUUCCCAUGGCGUCGGAGGAAUCGGUGACCGGGGGCGGCUCCCGGUACGUUCAACUCCCACCAGAUCCGCCGCCAACGAUAAUGUCGCCCGUCGCAUCGCACCGGCAAGGCGGCCCUGAGCCCAAUCGGAUUUUCGAUGAGAUGCCCAAAGCUACCAUCGUCUCCGUCUCUCGUCCCGACGCUGGCGACAUCAGUCCCAUGCUUCUUUCUUACACCAUCGAGUUUCAAUACAAACAAUUCAAGUGGGAGUUGGUGAAGAAAGCUUCUCAAGUGAUAUAUUUACAUUUUGCCUUGAAGAAACGUGCAUUUAUUGAGGAAAUUAAUGAAAAGCAAGAGCAGGUUAAAGAAUGGCUUCAAAAUCUAGGAAUUGGAGAAAACACCACCAUGGUGCAAGAUGAUGAAGAAGUAGAGGAUGACACUAUCUUGCAUUAUGAUGAAUGUGCUAAAGACAGGGAUGUUCCAUCUAUUGCUGCCUUACCAAUUAUACGGCCAGCCUUAGGUGGGCAGCAGUCUAUCUCAGACAGAGCGAUGGUUGCUAUGCAAGGAUAUCUCAAUCACUUUUUUGGAAAUAUUAGCAUCGUUAACUCUCCAGAGGACAAAAGCUCAAAAACAUUAAGGGUUUGCAAGUUUUUGGAGGCCUCAAAGUUAUCUUUCGUACCUGAAUAUGGCUCCAAGUUGAAAGAAGAAUAUGUGAUGGUUAAGCAUCUGCCAAACAUUUCAAAGGAGGAUGAUUCUAGACAAUGUUGUAUUGUUCAAUGUUUCAGUUGUUGCAAUGACAACUGGCAAAAGGUUUGGGCUGUACUAAAACCUGGAUUCUUGGCAUUUCUGGCAGAUCCUUUUGAUACCCAACCUCUGGACAUCAUUGCUUUUGAUGUGCUCCGUGCUUCAGAUGGGAAUCGAGAAGGUUGUGUAUCACUAGCAACAGAAAUGAUUGAACCAAACCCUUUACGCCAUUCAUUCAAGGUGACUUCUGGAAAUCGGAGCAUUAGGGUAAGAGCAAAGAGUAGUGAUAAAGUUAAAGAUUGGGUUACUGCUAUAAAUGAUGCUGGAGUAAAACCUCCUGAAGGCUGGUGUCAUCCUCAUCGCUAUGGUUCUUUUGCUCCUCCAAGAGGCUUGAUUGAAGAUGAUAGCCAGGCUCAGUGGUUCAUAGAUGGUCAAGCAGCAUUUGAAGCCAUUUCUUCUUCAAUUGAGGAUGCAAAAUCGGAGAUAUUUAUUUGUGGGUGGUGGCUUUGCCCAGAGCUGUAUCUGCGGCGUCCUUUUCACUCUCAUGCUUUAUCAAGGCUUGAUAAUUUGCUGGAAGCAAAGGCUAAGCAAGGGGUUCAGAUUUUUAUUCUUCUCUACAAAGAGGUGGCUCUUGCCUUGAAAAUCAACAGCAUAUACAGCAAGAAAAAGCUUCUCAGCAUUCAUGAGAAUGUGAGGGUAUUACGUUAUCCUGAUCACUUUUCUAGUGGCAUUUACUUGUGGUCCCACCAUGAAAAACUGGUUAUUGUUGAUCACCAGAUUUGCUUUAUUGGAGGACUGGAUUUAUGCUUUGGUCGUUAUGACACACCUGCGCACAGAGUGGGAGAUUUCCCUCCUUUGAUGUGGCCUGGAAAGGACUAUUAUAACCCUAGGGAAUCUGAACCAAAUUCCUGGGAAGAUACAAUGAAAGAUGAAUUAGAUCGUGGAAAAUAUCCUCGUAUGCCAUGGCAUGAUGUUCACUGUGCCCUUUGGGGACCACCUUGUCGUGACAUUGCUAGGCACUUUGUUCAGCGCUGGAAUUAUGCGAAGAGGAACAAGGCUCCAUAUGAGCAAGCAAUACCAUUACUUAUGCCCCAGCAUCACAUGGUUAUUCCACACUACUUGGGUAAAGACAAAGAAUUGGAGAUUGAAAAUGAGAGGCCUAUCAAUCAUAGAAGAAUCAGAAGGGAUGAUUCCUUUUCCUUAUCACCAUCCCAAAAUAUUCCUCUGCUUUUGCCUCAGGAAUCUGGUGGGCCGCAUACUCCUAAAGGAUACCAGGAAUCAAAUGGGUUAAGAACCUUUUCAAAUCUCAAUCAACAAACCAAGAUGAGUGCUGGUCUUCCUCCCCUAUUCCAGAAGGCCAAAAUUCAACCAGUUAGCUCAGAUAAACCAAUGAAAGGCUUUGUAGAUGAGCUUGAUUAUAUUAAUGAAAGUGGAAAAAUGUCUCAAGAGAGAAUUGCUUGUGUCAGCACAAAAGGCACAGAUUCAGAAUGGUGGGAGGCACAAGAACGGGGUGAUCAGGGAGGCUUUGCAGAUGUAUCUGGACAAGUUGGUCCCCGUGCUUCAUGCCGCUGUCAGGUUAUUAGGAGUGUUAGUCAAUGGUCUGCUGGGACAAGCCAAACUGAACAGAGCAUCCACAAUGCUUAUUGCUCUCUAAUUGAGAAAGCUGAAUACUUCAUCUACAUCGAGAAUCAAUUUUUUAUCUCAGGUCUUUCAGCAGAUGAGAUGAUACAAAAUCGUGUGUUAGAAGCUUUAUAUCAACGGAUUAUGCGAGCUUACAAUGAUCAAAAAAUUUUUAGAGUUAUAAUUGUCAUCCCACUCCUUCCUGGCUUCCAGGUUCUAAUUAUUUUUACUUUUUUUCUAUACUGUUUCUACUUUGACAAUAAAUAUUUCCUGCACAGUUGUUGGACCUUCAUAAUCAUGCAGGGGGGCCUUGAUGAUAGUGGUGCGGCAUCUGUCAGAGCCAUAAUGCAUUGGCAGUAUCGAACCAUUUGCAGAGGACAAAAAUCUAUAUUGCAUAAUCUGUGUGAUCUCCUGGGUCCAAAAGCCCAUGAUUACAUAUCUUUCUUUGGCCUCAGGGCUUAUGGAAGGCUAUAUGAUGGGGGUCCUUUGGCAACCAGCCAGGUGUAUGUUCACAGUAAAAUCAUGAUCGUCGAUGACUGUACAACUUUGAUAGGAUCUGCUAAUAUUAACGAUAGAAGUUUACUUGGCUCCAGAGACUCAGAGGAAUUUCAGAUUGGCGUUGUAAUAGAAGACAGAGAGUUAACUGGAUCAUAUAUGGGUGGGAAACCAUGGAAAGCAGGAAAGUUCUCGAUGACUCUUCGAAUGUCAUUAUGGUCUGAACACUUGGGUCUCCAAGCAGAAGAGAUUGAUCAAAUAGUUGACCCAAUUGUGGAGUCUACUUACAAGGACAUUUGGAUGGCAAGGGCAAAGAGAAAUACUGCAAUUUAUCAAGAUGUCUUUUCUUGCGUACCAAAUGAUCUGAUACACACCAGAGUUGCUUUCAGACAAAGCACAGCUCGCUGGAAAGAAAAAAUUGGCCACACAACUAUUGAUAUAGGAAUUGCCCCAAACGUGUUGGAAUCUUUUCAUAAUGGAACUAUCAAGAAUACCGAUCCCUUGGAGAGAUUAGCUUCAGUGAAGGGUCAUCUUGUUUCUUUUUCCUUGCAGUUCAUGUGUCAAGAAAAUUUAAAACCUGCCUUCAAUGAAAGCGAGUACUACGCUUCUCAAGUUUUCCAUUGAGUUUGAUGUCUGAGAGUAUAUAAUAAUUAUUUUUGUAUUAUUGUUUUCAUUUAUACGAGGGGAAAUAAGGGUCUUGUUACGUUGUUCUUGUAAAGAAUACAUCUGCAGCCAUUCAUUCUUGUAUAAAAUUCCUCAGCUUACUGAUAUUAUGAAAUUUAA